AUGCAUUUGAUUGAGACCAGCGAAAAACUGGUACUUGAAAGAGUUGUGAAGUACGCUGCGCCACACAUGAAGGUUGCGAUCAAGGGACGAUAUGAUCCAGGUCGCACUGACUAUCUUCACGAUGCACAAGAACUCGUGGUAUGGGCGCAAGAGAUUGAGGAUGAUGCUCGCCCGAUAAGGAAUCACGUAAAGGGCGUCGUAAAUGCAGUGGGUGAGUCAAAAAAAUGUUUUGCGUGCGGAAAACUCGGCCACAUAGCCAGAGAGUGCAAAGCCAAGAAAAAGAAAGACAGCGUCAUUUCCGGUGAGAAGACUCGCUGGGAGCUUGCAGCGCAUCGGAACGCUGUGAAUUUGGAUCAUUGGACCUUGAACAGCGGUGCAAGUAGACACUUGGCUCGCGACGUCUCGAUGCUGGAACACGCCGUGGACUGUAACAAGACCAACUGGCUACUCCUUCCAAACGGCGAACGGCUCCAAGUUACAAAGAAGGGCACUGUGACGCUUAACGGUAUUGCCGAAGGGAAGGAGUUCGAGCUUAAUCUGAGCAACUUGUAUUUUGCGCCGCUUCUAUCGCGUAAUUUAAUAUUGUUUGGGAUAUCGGCUAAGCAAGGAUGCCGCAUUGAAUCGCGUCAUGGAAGCAUGAUUAUUGCAAAGGUCUCACCCUCUAUAGUGGUAUUUUACCUAAAAUUAGAAGCAAACGUGCUGGUGGCAAAACUUUGCUCCCUUCGGUAA